CAAAACCUGUAUCUACGGCCGUGGUACGAUCAGACCCCUCUGGGUGGGGUAAGGCUAUUUAUCUACCGCCUACUUAUUCGACGUGGGAGCCCAGGUCUACCUCUGAAUAGGAGUUUCAAGACGAAAUCGGCAGCUGAUGCUACUGCUGCUUUGAUCUCGCCACUAUGCCUCUCGACGAAGAAGGGGCCAAAUGGUCAUGUGAACCAUGCAUCCGUGGCCAUCGGUCCUCAAAAUGCCAGCACUUCGACAGGAUGAUGAUGAAGGUUCCCAAAGCCGGACGACCGCUGGCCAGAUGCCCUCACCCAAAAGGCACAUGUAGCUGCCAGAAACUCUAUGCGUUUAUGGUUCGCAUCCCAAAAGGUUCUACCUGUCUAUGUAGACCAGUGUACCAAGUGCCUGCCGAAGCGGCCGAAUCCAUCUCAACCACACCAGCUCCCCCAACCCCGACUCCGUCUUCUGCUCCGAAUAAAAUCCAGAAAUCCGUCAAGCGACAAAUAAAGACGGCGCCGGAGAAUCUUACCAAAGCUUUGAGCUCUAUACCGGAAUUUAGGAAACAGCAUGCUGAGGGUGGAAUGUCGAACCGUCCGUAUCCGUACGCAUAUUCCGCUCAGGAGCAACGUCCAAACAACUCGUACGAUGCCGUCAAUGAAGACCCGAAUGAAUCUGUCGCUACCUCGCGUCAAGCAUCCAAUCAAAUCGGCGAGAGUAAAGCUUCACAGGGUAGUAGCUGUUGUUCUCGCAAGCCCCAGCCGCCAGUGCAGACUCCAGCCCCCGUCCAGCGAUCUUGUUGUGAGAAACCAAAGUCGUCACCGGAAAGUGUUGAUAAUAGAGGCCCAAUCCUCGACAGUCCCAAUUAUCUUCCGCCGCACAUAUUUAACGGCAAUGGCACAAGUCACACACCAAAUCCUACUCCUCAAGUGUCAACAUGGCAGGAUUUUCAGGUAGCCAAGCAAGAACACUACAUGCAGCCAUUUUCGUUACCCUUAUCUCAGUCUGGACUUCUGUCUAUGCCGGGAGGCAUGGCACACAUGGCACCACAUCCUGUGGAGUUUUCACAUCAACCUCUAAAUGGCCACGGAAUCUUCCAAACAUCGACAUCGAACCCACCCUCGGAAAGCACGCGGAACGUUCCGAACCCAGAAGAUACCGAAUGCGAUGCCACCCAUAACUGCACUUGUGGCGAUAAAUGUCAAUGUUUGGGCUGUGUUUCACACCCGUUCAAUAAUACCACUAGGCAGCACGUUCAAGAGAUGGGUCUCCUGGUGGCUUUGACCGAUGACGAGCAGAAACAGAGAGGGUUAAAUAGCCAUAGGAGUUCCCCUCUACAGGGUCAGCAGGGCCAGCAAGGCCAGCAGAGUCAACAGGGUCAACAGGAUCACCUCACCUCGCUGCCAUAUCAAUACUCAAACUUUGCGCACCCAACGGACCAUGGCGCGCGGCCUAUUGGCAUGCACUCAUAUGCCAAUCAUAGCCCAACCCUCGGCAACGUGAACAACGGCUAUGCAUCCCCGCCUGCAGACUAUCUUUCGGGACAACAACUGAUGGUACCCUCUGAAUACUAUACACUCGAAUAUCCCGUGGGCCUGCCAAGUGCUUGCGCCGACACUACUGGAAGUUGCCAGUGUGGGAACGACUGUACCUGCGUUGGUUGUCUUACUCACAGCGGGCACAACGGCAUUGGCCUUGAACCCACCAUGGAGAACAAUUGGGGCCACAUGGAUUUCUCAACUUUCUCUACGGAUACAAUAGGCGUGAGCACGUCUCAAAUGCCCGCUUUCGAGGAUUUUAUUUUCCAUCCGACAAACUCUAUGCUGUAAAGCUUUAUCGCUUUGCGGAAGACACUUUGCUUCAUGUGGACUGUCCUGGCUACCCUUGCUAGCAUGGAGCUCUCUGCUCAGAUGACUGAUGAUUGUUCACGAUACCCCCCUGCAUAGAUUCUGGAUGAUAGACUACAUCGGAUCUUUCCUUUCUGUGUGUGCAUGUACAUAUUCCCCAAUUACUCCACACCUAUAACUAGAAGUCGGCACCCUCGUGCUUGCUAGGAUGCUUCCUAAUAAUGUAGCUUCAAAAGUCUCUUAGCCUG